AUGUCUACUUGUAGUUCUUGUUUUAGCAUUCUUCCCUCUGACGUAUUUAUAUACAAAGGCAAAACUUACAAGACUUGUAAUCGUUGCAGAACCUCAAGAGCUAAUAAUAAAACUUCCAAACAAAGUGAAUUAGUUAGUGAUCCUAAUAUUGAACCUACAAUCGAACUAAUUUCUUUUCAAGAAAUUAGUGAAUAUAUCACUGAUGCAAUUGAUAACUUAGA